UGGGUCCUCCUCCUCCAGGAUCCCAGCCAGCACCGCCUGUGUGUUGAAUUGCACCGAGUGCUGGGAAGAGAAGGGGAUUUCCUGAAUGCAGCUUCUCAACCACUCCUCUUUUCAAGGCUCCCCCCUCCACACCCUUCUUUCAGCAACUCAACAGAUCCUCCAUAAGGAUGCAGCGUGAUGAGCAGUGACAAUAUCUCCAUAGAGCACAGGGGAGCUUGCUGCUGGGGCUGCUUAUAAAGGUGAAGCAGGCUGUGCUCAGUGCAGGAUCAGAGGACUGGCCCACCAUUCACAAAGCUGCAUCUGGAAACUUCUCCCUGGAAGAGAUUUCAUCUGUUUCUAAUCUACACAUCUUCAUGCUACAAUCUGAAGAUAUUGCUCAUGAAGAGGAUAUUCCCAGUCCUUAAUCUGUCUCAUAACAAGGAGUAUAUUAACCCAAACUCUCUCCAUAAGAAGCCAUGACCUGUUAUUGUGAUUUUCUUACUAUUGGCCACUUAUAAGUUUGAACCAUUUUCCAAAAACGGUUAUCAAAAAUGACAAGUCUGUUCCGUAGGAGUAACAGCAAUGGCAGCGCACGGAGCAAUUCUUCCACUCAGGAACUUAACAACAGCCGGCCUGUACGCAGGUUGGAGUUUAACCAGGCUAUGGAGGAUUUCAAGACCAUGUUUCCAAACAUGGAAUAUGACAUUAUCGAAUGUGUCUUGAGGGCUAACAAUGGAGCAGUGGAUGCUACUAUUGAUCAGUUACUACAGAUGAACCUGGAUGAUGGUGGCUAUGAUGACAGUUCGGACUCAGAUGACAGCAUUCCUCCUGAGAUUUUGGAAAGAACUCUAGAACCUGACAGCUCAGAUGAAGAGCCUCCUCCAGUUUAUUCACCGCCAUCCUAUGACCUGCAUUUAUUUGACAGACCUCAUCCACAAACCCCACCCACACCUCCUCCUCGGAUUGAUGUGACUUCAACUAUUAGCUCUCAGGUACCAAAACUGUGUAGGAACUGGAACCCACCUCUCUUAGGGAACUUGCCUGAUGAUUUUCUACGUAUUUUACCACAGCAGAUGGACAGUGUUCAGUGUUGCCAGAGUGGACUUUCUUCGUUACAUUGUGAAGACUCCAAAAAAGAGCACCAUGGGUCUGUGGACCAGGAAAGAAAGUUGAAGCAGUAUUUGCAGGAUGAGAGGAUUGCACUCUUUUUACAGAAUGAAGAGUUUAUGAGAGAACUUCAGAGAAACCGAGAAUUUCUCCUUGCUCUUGAAAGAGAUCGCUUGAAAUAUGAGUCUAAAAAAACAAAGUCUAGCAGUAUGCCGGCAAGCAGUGAUUUCAGCUUUUGCCCUUCAGUAUCAGCAGAUGAAUUCCAGGCAGUGUCUGGAUGCUGUGACUCUAAUAAUGUUAUAUCUGAAGAUGCCUUAUUUAGGGAUAAAUUAAAACACAUGGGUAAAUCAACUAGAAAAAAGUUGUUGGAGAUAGCUCGGGCUUUUUCUGAGAAAACAAAGAUGAGGAAAUCAAAGAGAAAACAUUUACUCAAGCAUCAAGUGUUAGGAACUGCAGCCUCCACAGCCAAUCUAUUGGAUGAUGUUGAAGGACAUUCCUGUGAUGAAGAUGUCCAGGCAAGGAUGAAACAACUCAAUAACGAAAGAGAGGAAACACAGAACUGAGGACAAUCAAAAUGUCAAAUCCCAUGAAAACCUCUUUGUGGGCCUCAGUGGCUAAUGGAUAGCUACAGACAAAAGACAUUUGGCCACCUGUUGUGGUGCAGUCAACUCCUUGUAGAAGAUAUACUGUAUACAUGGCACAACAUUUAUAAUCACUUAUUUUAGUAUCUGCUGAGGGCAGCUAAAUCUCAGAGACAUUUUAGUAGCCAUUCUGCUUUAUUAAUUGUGUGUUUUAAAAUGGUACAAAUUGUAUACAACUUUGUUUUUAACUUUCUUUUCCUCCUUUUUUGAAGAAUACUGUUGUCCUGUCUGUGAAAUGUUUAACAGAAAUACAGCACAGAUGCACAGAUUUUUGUAAAAGUUAUU